GGCGCUGUGAGGACGCUGCUCCGGGGCCGCGCCGCGCCGCCAUGGCGCUCCGCAAGAAGAGCGCCAAGAACCCGCCGGUGCUGAGCCACGAGUUCGUGCUGCAGAACCACGCGGACCUGGUGGCGUGCGUGGGCAUGGUCUUCGUGCUCGGGCUGCUGUUCGAGGGCACGGCCGAGGCGGCCAUCGUGUUCCUGACGCUGCAGCACGGCGUGCCCGCGCCGCCCGACGCGCCGCCCCGCGCGCUCUACCACUACGGCGCGCGCGACCUGGCCACCGUGUUCUUCUACGCGCUGGUGGCCGUCAUCGCGCACGCCACGCUGCAGGAGCACGUGCUGGACCGCGUCUCGCGCCGCCUGCAGCUGCCCAAGGCCAGGCAGGGCCGCUUCCACGAGGCGGGCCAGUUCGGCGCCUUCUACCUGGCGUCGUGCGCCUGGGGCGCGUGGGUGCUGGCGGCCGAGGGCUGCCUGCGGGAGCCGGCCCGCCUGUGGCGCGCGCCGCCGCGCGGCUGCAUGACCUUCCACGUCAAGCUCUUCUACGUGGCGCAGCUGGCCUACUGGCUGCACGCGGUGCCCGAGCUCUACUUCCAGCGCACGCGCAAGCAGGACCUGCCUCCGCAGCUGGUGUACAUCGGCCUGCACCUGUUCCACAUCGCGGGCGCCUACCUGCUCUACCUGAACCACCUGGGGCUGCUGCUGCUCACCAUGCACUACUUCGUGGAGCUGCUCACGCACCUGUGCGACCUCUGCGCCCUCGGCGACGGCAGGGGCCAGCGGGAGCUGUCCCUGUGGGCCGCGGUGUUCAUCCUGGGCCGGCUGGUGACCCUGGUCGUGUCGGUCCUCACCGUGUGCCUCCACCUGGCGGGAGCCCAGGCGCGCCCCCUGGACCCGGACGCCGCCAGCGGCAACGUGAACGUGCUGGCCGCCGAGAUCGCCGUGCUGUCGUCCAGCUGCACCAUCCAGGCCUACAUCACGUGGAACCUGUUCAGCGUCCAGCUGCAGCGGUGGACGACGGAGGACGCCGCCGCGCUGCAGGCCCCAGCUGCGAAGAGGAAACGGACGAGAGGCAGGCCUGCGAGAAAGGGCCCAGAAAACGGUGUGGCCGCUUCGAAUCGCGUGGACUCUCCCCUUAAGAGGAAGGAGAAGUCGUCUUCAUGAAGGACACGCCCCCUGGUUCACGUCCCCACGGACGCCCGCCCCCUCCUAGAAGAUGCCUCCGCACUAGAGAAGUUUCCGUUCUUGCCGAUCGUUUGUGCUGUGUUGAUUUUUGCUAUGGUACCGUGUAAUGUAUUCUAAAGGCAUUUGAGGGGAGAAGGAUGCUAUGAGUGGAAAAAACAAACAAACUUGGUUUACACUAAGCUACUCGUCCUCAAAAUAAUUUAGGGGUCACCACCAUAUUUUGUUUUGUGUUUUGCCUGUGAACGUUUUCCUAAUGAUGUGCAGAGGUAACCACGAGAUUCUGAAUAUCAGUGACACCAUUUCUUGCUCGCACCAAUCUUUUAUAACAUUAUCAAGAGGGUCUGUUAGAGCGAGGUCAUAUUUUUAAUGUUGUCUUUCGGUAUAAAAUGGGAAUAUUAGAGAUGUCAUUUUCAAUAAGUUUUCAGUAUUCUCUAAUUCUCAGAAAACUUUUUUAGAAUUUACAACUGGAGAAAAAGUUUAUAAAUCCACCAAAUAAAUGACUGGGUUUUUUUUCUUUGGUAGUGGUUGUUAGUGUUAAAUCCCCAUUAAAAAAUACAAAAUGCUAACAGGUAACAUCUGUGGAGGUUUGUUGCCAUAUAGUGAAUCAAAUUAUCUUGAAUUACUAUAAAAGUAUUACUGAAGAGAUAAAACCAUUCUUGUCCAUUUUAAACACUUGUAAACUAGAAAUCAGAAAAUUAAAUAUUUAACUCUAAAAAAGGAAA